CCAUCUGCUGACAAGCUUUAUGGAGAUACUGAUUUCCUUUUCCAGCAGGACUUAGCACCUGCCCACAGUGCCACAACUACUAGUAACAGGUUUGCUGACCAUGGUGUUACUGUGCUUGAUUGGCCAGCCGACUCACCUGACCUGAACCCCAUAGAGAAUCUAUGAGAGCAAUACAGACGAGCUGAAGGCCGUUAUCAAACCUAACAAAAAAAGGGGGUUGAAAUAUUUCACUUUAUGUGUAAUGAAUCUAGAAUAUGUGAAAAUUCCACUUUUGAUGCAAAUUACAGGGAAUUUUUUUUUACUUUUUUCCACGAUCUUCAAAUUUUUUGAGAAUAUGCACCUGUGUAUCUAUUGAGUCGUUUGGGAAACGAAAGAGUCGGCUCUCAUUAGUGAGCUGAGUCAAAUGAUCACGUGAAAGCGUGAGGCAGAACGUCACUAGUCCAAACUUUUAACUUGGAUUUGCCCAUAAUGCUAUUGUACCGGAAACGGAAGUGGACAUUCAAAACAAACCUGCUGGCUAACAACCCAAAGAAUAUUUAUCGGAGAUUGUUGUAUCGUUCUUGUUUACUAUAAACCAUGGUGUCGUAGUGAAGGUUGGAGAUUAUUCUUAUUAUUAUUUUAUCAUGAAUCUAAGAGGACUGUUCCAGGAUUUUAACCCCAGCAAAUUCCUCAUAUAUGCCUCCCUUUUGCUGUUCUCCAUCUUGCUGGCGCUAAAGCUGGAUGGAGUUAUCCAGUGGAGUUACUGGGCGGUGUUCACACCCAUCUGGCUUUGGAAACUCAUGGUUGUCAUCGGCGCCUCGGUUGGGACUGGCGUGUGGGCUACUAACCCGCGCUAUAGAGCGGAGGGUGAGACACAUGUGGAAUUCAAAGCCAUGUUGAUAGCAGUGACCAUUCACAUUCUGCUGCUGAUGUUUGAAGUACUGGUGUGUGACAGAAUCGAGAGGGGCUCCUACUUCUGGCUGCUCGUCUUCAUGCCCCUCUUCUUUGCUUCGCCUCUGUCAGUGGCUGCUUGUGUCUGGGGGUUCCGCCAUGACCGUGCACUAGAGUUGGAAAUAAUCUGCUCAGUCAACAUUCUCCAGUUUAUUUUCAUUGCCUUGCGACUGGACAAAAUAAUCACCUGGGACUGGCUGGUAGUGUGUGUGCCACUGUGGAUCCUCAUGUCUUUCCUGUGUCUGGUUGUGCUCUACUAUAUAAUUUGGUCCAUGCUCUUCCUGCGCUCUGUGGACAUCAUUGCAGAGCAGCGUCGUACUUACGUCACCAUGGCUGUGAGCUGGAUAACCAUUGUGGUGCCACUCCUAAUCUUCGAGAUCUUGCUUGUUCAUAAACUGGAUGGACAUAACAAAUUGAGUUAUGUCUCUCUCUUUGUGCCUUUAUGGGUCUCAUUGGUCACGCUCAUGGCCAGCACUUUUGGGCAGAAAGGCGGGAAUCACUGGUGGUUUGGCAUCCGCAAAGACUUCUGCCAUUUCCUUCUGGAGCUUUUCCCUCUCCUACGAGAGUACGGCAACAUCUCCUACAACCUGCAGCAUGAUGACUCUGACACCUUCGAGGAGACACGUGCUGUCCCUGAACCUUUGAAAGUUGCCCCCAUGUUCUUCCACAAAGGAGUAGAGAUCAUGCCAUUCCCUGGGAAAUACUUUGACCCUCCCCCUAAACUGUCGAUAGACAUACCUGACUAAAGGUAACUGCAGACUUUUCAAGAACUGUACAGAAGUUCCAGGAGGAGGCCAGGAACCAAUACUUGCUUUGUUACUUGUCUUUUUUUGUUUUUGGUUUUGCUGUUAUAAUUCAGGUAUUUUUGAUAUGUCAAAGAUAAAGUGGGAAAUAAGGAAGAGCUGGUAUCAUUAUUGGAGCUAUUGACCUGACCGAGUUUAUAGUGAAUUGUAGUGAAUAUUCCAUAAAGCACUUUUCUUUUGUCCAAAAUAUAAUUCUCAGGCGAUUUUAACAUAUAAAACUGCUAAAUCCAGCUCCCCAGUCUACCUCCAGCACAGGUCUGCUGGUUGAGAGCCUAAAGCUUGUAUUGUUUUUUUAUUGUCUAUAUUCCUUUAGUGGCAUGUCUGUAUUCAGCAUAUUUUUUUAAAGAAAUGUUUGAUGAGAUUUUAUACACUGAAUUACACUGCCUUAAGAAUUACAGUGAACUUAUUGUGAGGUCUGAGAUUUACACAUCUACUACUGUUCCCUAACUGAUGAGAAUUUGUUUAUAUAUAAUCAAGUCCUUGUUUCCUUCCCACAUUUUUUAGGUAAUUAAAGCUAGCUGUAAUGUUAAAAUGAGGCUAAUGGAGACAAAUUGACAGUCUUUCAUGUAGCUGAAAAUCAUUCAUGCAGCAGCAGUGAAAGCACUGGAUAUCUAUGACUGAUAUUGGUCUCUGUUUUCAUUUGUCUUGAGCAUAUAUACAGCACCUCUGGGAAGCAGCCCCUUUAGACAAACUAUUUUUCAACACUGACUGUUGACUUAAAAAAAAAUAUCAAACCCCACAAACCACAAGAAGUUCAAGACCGAGACAUUCUGAGCCUCAUCCUGACCAUGCUGCUGUCUUCUGACGACCAUCUUUGAAUUUAUUCUGCUAGGUUUACUGAACGUUAAACAUUUUAAUGAUAAUUCAGUAUUCAGGAUUUUAUCAGUGAACCAAACAAUUAUAAGAGACAUUUGAGAAGCUAUGCAUGUGCAUUUUAACACUGGUGCAUGUUAUUGUACAGUACAUGAUUUCUUGAUCCUUGACUUGUCAGUGUUUGAAAAUGAUUGGGUCCUAACUGCAAAAGCUGUUUUGAUUUUAAAAUGGGUCUGAACAGCAGAACUAAUUACCUAAUAAAUCAGAGUAACACAAAAAAGUCUCACCCUGUCCAAGCUAAAAAAAUAAAUAAAAUAAAAAACAGACAACAAAGUAAAGUAGUGUGUAAUAUCCGCACUUGUUUAGUAAUAGAAUACUAAAUAUGAGCUGAAUAUUUUUUUUAUUCAUUGAGUUAAUUGUUAAAAGGGUCUCAGAGGCUUGUUGAAAUCAGUAGGUGGAUGUUGCAGCACUCGUGUGCAGGUCCAUCAUUCCCAUCUGGACAUGGGCAUCUGUCCAUAAUUGUACAGUGAUGAAUUUGGAAUCGUAACGUAAAUGUAUACUGAUCAGCCAUAACAUUAAAACCACUCAGAGGUGAAGUGAAUACCAUUGGUUAUCUCGAUACAAUGGCACCUGUCAAGCAGUAUGAUAUAUAUUAGGCAGCAAGUGAACAGUCAGUUCUCAAAGUUGAUGUGUUGGAAGCAGGGCAAAAUGGGCAAGCAUAAAUAUCUGCAUGACUCUGACAAAGGCCAGAUUGUGACUGUUAAGCCUGGUUUACAUUACACCAAACACCUACCAACACCAACAGUCACCAACUUUUAAAAGUUGGCCAAUGAAUUUAGAAUGUUGGGAAACACAACUUUCAUGUUCACACUACCCAACAGACACCAACAAACUUUUUUUACGGACAUUCAGACAAAUGGAUGAUCCUUGUACCACAAUCAAAAUUUUACUGUUAUUAGUGACUUUAUGUGCCAUUCUUCACCUGAAAAGAUGAGUUAAACGAAAGAGGUUCUGGGUGAAGCCUUGGUUGUUGUGAGGUGAGAGACAGUGCACUUACUUAAAUUUAUGCAGAGAACUGCAGACAGAGGAUGUGUGGAGCUUUCAAAAUUUUGCUCAGUUUGCCCCCAAGCUGUUUCAACAACUCGGAGAAAGACAUGUUUUAAGGUAGGCUAUGUGAUAAGCUAAGACCAUUAUUAGGUCAUACAUUAUGAACAAUAUUUUUAAUGCAAAUUUAAGUUGUAAACCUUGCGAUUUCGCUUCUUACUUCGUGAAACAGAAUAUGGAAAAUGGCAUACGGUUAACGGAUGAUCCCAAGAGUAGAUGAUCCUUACCAGGAGUCAAAAUAAACUUUUAUUUUAAAUAACACACACAUCAUUUAUCUUCUUUUUUCUGAUUCAUUCAGAAAUCUGCCAUUUUACCCACAACAACUAUUUAACAUGCCUAGCACCUAGCUUUUGUUUCUAUGGGGUUUUCAGAGAUGCUUGCCUCAUGGUCAUGGCAGUUCCUACCCAGGUCAGAUUACAUUAGAGUAUGUUGGAAAAAUCAUACCACACUCCUCAAGCAUUCCAUGACCAACAAACGCCGAUUGAACAUGUGUUGACACUGUCAGGGUUAACACACUGAUCUGACAAAACCCAACAAACGUUUCUGUUGAUCUGUUGGUAUUGGUCAGAGUGUGUCGAGGUCCUUUAACCUUUGGGGACAUGACUUCCUGUUUGGACUUUGUCGUUGCCUGGGGGUCUGCCUAAAGGUAAGGGCUAUUUACAUUUGGGAGGAUGUGCUGGUGACAGUGCACAUGUACAACCCCUUUGUGGAGGAGCUCAAUAUCAGGCAUUUUCUUCACAGAUUUUGUUUGAAGGUGGAGUGGGGACAAAAAAUCUGUAAUGCCUUUGGAUUUGGACUGGAAGAAGGAAAUACCAGGUGCGCUUUUUGCACAGCUCCUGGUGGGGUGGUAUAGCCUCCAAGGUCUUUUGCCAUUGGGCCAUCGGCUUCCUCUAUUAUUCUGGGCACCCAGUAACCUGCAGGAAAUGUGGAGCAGCUGGGCACACAAAACCUGUCUUUAACAGUAACAAGUGUCACUUCUGUGGGUCUCAGAAGCAGGUGUCGGCGGCUUGCAGUGCUCCUAAAAAGUGCAGCCUUUGUGGAGGGGAAGACCACCUCUACAGGGGAUGUGCACUGAGGAAGAUAAUUUUUGCAGACCUCUUCUCCCUGGAAGACUUGCAGGGUGGAGGUGUGAAAAGCCCGGCUUGAAGCUGACGAAGGCUCCCCCUGAUGCAGAAGGACAUCAGAAGUUAAUUGGGGCAGAGAAAGAAGGGAGGAAAAAGUCUGUCAAGCUCCCAAGUGGGCUCUGCAAAACCAUGUGGAGAAGGCCAGGUUGAAAAGGUGGGAAGCCAGUUGGGACAGAACAAAGAGCAGAAAAAUGUUGAGGAGGGAAGAAGGCAAAAGCAGGAGGCAACAGAGAGCAAUGAUAAGAAAG